UAACAGAAAGCUGGGAAACAUGUGGUAUCUUGCAAUUUUGUUGUGUGCGACACUUGUUUCAGGUCGAGAGGUGUGUUAUGAUCAGCUCGGAUGCUUCGUGAGUGACGAGGCGCCAUUCUAUCACGCUGAUGAUCGGCCUGUAGAUUAUCUUCCCGAUACGCGGGAUGAGCUUGGGACUUCAUUCAAGCUUCGAACCCGGGACCUGCAGGGAGCCUAUCAAGAACUUAGCACCUAUGACAGUGACACUAUUACAACAUCUGACUUCAAGCCAUGGAAGAAAACGAAGGUCAUCAUCCACGGAUUCGUGAAAGGAUCCGAUGUUGAUUGGAUGGAGGACAUGACGAAUGAACUCCUGAUCGAGGGUGACUAUAACGUGAUCACCAUCGACUGGAGACCGGGUGUGAUCAGGAAUGAGUAUGAUGAGGCUGUCGGUAAUGUGAGGGUGGUCGGUGCCGAGGUUGCUCUCCUUCUCAAUAUGAUACAGAGUAUCCAGGCGGUUGGGCCGACUACAUUCCACGUCAUAGCACACAGUCUGGGUGCCCAUGUUGCCGGGAUAGCUGGUGCUAUCAUUCCCAACAUCGGACGAAUCACAGGUCUGGACCCUGCUGGUCCAUAUUUUGAUGAGAGUGACCCUAGGGUUCGCCUCGAUGCUUCCGAUGCUCUCUUCGUUGACGUCAUCCACACCGACACCGACCCUCUUUAUAAACUAGGUAUGGGGAUGUAUUCCUCGACCGGUCAUGUCGAUUUCUUCCCGAACAGUGGACGAGAGCAGCCUGGUUGUGACAUGAGAAUCAUUGGCUCUAUCAUCGCUCACGGAAGGAUCUGGGGUGGAGUGAUUGAUUACAUUGCUUGUAAUCACAUCCGAGCCGCAUACCUCUUUAUGGAUUCCAUCAACUCCGGGGAGUGCCCCUACCUGGCAUUCCACUGCACUCGUGAAUGGGAAGAUUAUAACGAAGGGCUCUGCUUUGAAGACACACCCACUGCCCAGAUGGGAUGGCUGGCUGACCAGUACGCUCCGGAUGAAGGGGUCAAGGAGCUGGUAUAUCAGCAGAAUACGCUGGACAGUGCCCCUUAUUGCGGGUUCCAGUAUCGUUUUGAAGUUGAGAUUGAUGAUGGGAGGAAGGCAGAGAUGUUCAAGGGAAAGAUGACAAUCUCUCUGGUCGGUGACAAUGGACAAUCUGAAGAAAUUCCACUCUCACCUGACUACCGAAUGUACGACCCCCUCACGAAGUACCUUCACGUCGGCGUCUCCUCACUCAACGUCGCCUCCCCUAGUCGUCUUUACCUCGAGUGGGAGUACGAUGCUGCCUUCUAUAAGCCAUGGAAGUGGGAGUUCGUUGAACGACCCGAGCUCUUCAUUCACAGGAUCGUCGUCGACUCCGCCGAAAACCAAGAAAGCUACCUGAUGUGCGGUUCAUAUGACCCGAUUGAGCCUGACGUGCCACGCGCUUUCUUCCGUGUCAACGAAUGCAAUUAAAUCUAAAGAUACAAAUAUCAAAAGAAGUUAUCAACAACUUAAUCUAUAUCAGAGGUCAUUAUGACAGAAUCCACAUGGAUUACAAUGGCAGAUGAACUGACGUAAGGACACAGGGCAGCUUUGAAUUGAUUAAGGUGUUAGCAUUUGACAAUCAAUGCAAUAUUAAUCAAAUCUAUAAGAAGACAAAUUAUGUAGGUUAAUCGUCUUUUUGCCACUGAAACUAA